AGGAGAGGGAGGAGGAGGAGGAGGAGGAGGAGGAGGAGGAGGAGGAGGAGAGGCGCAGAAAGUGAGAGCCUCGGCGCGCACUUCCAGGGGUGGGGAGGGGGAGGAGAAGCGCCCCCGGGCACGGCGGCUACGCCCUCCCUCCCUCUCAGGAUAAAACACAAGUCUGUGCAAAGCGAGAGAAAAAGCAACCCUAAUAAAUCCAAAGGGGCUCUGUAGCGCUGCGGGCCAGGAAUGGGAGAGCGCAGACCGAGCGCGCAAGUCUGCGCCUAGAGCUAGCGAGAGCCGCAGAGCCGGGCUCAGACAACGCCUCCGGCAGGAAAAGGGAAGUCACCAACACCCCCUGACAGGCUGAGAGCGGCGGCCAAACUCAUGUACGUCGCUGGCGGUGCCACGGACUGAGAUCGGGAGCGAGGGAGGCAGCCGGAGAGGGCUCGCUCUGCCGCUCGAGGCAUUGCUCGCAUUCUUCUCUUCCUCCUCCUCCUCCCUCGAAACUUCGCCGCUGACCAGCUCUUCUGCGGGGACCUCCUGCGCCUCCCGGGGAAGUUUGGCCGGGCCGGGCUUUUUUCAUGAACUGCUGAAGCGGGGGCGCAGCGGCGCGGGGGGGUGGGCGGCCGAGCGCGGAGGCAGCGUGCCCCCAGCGCCCCCCGCAACUUGGCGCUCCGGCAGCCGGCGGGGGCUGCCCGCGGCCCCGCUCCCGGCCCCGGCUCCGGCCCCGCCGCCGCCCGGCUCGCCCCGUCCCGCCGGCCCGAGGCUCGCCCUCCUCCCCGCCGGGGCAGCGCUGGGGCUCGCCGCUCCGCGCCUCGUCCCGCCGAGCGCUGCCACCCUCUUCCUCCUCCUCUUCCUCCUCCUCCGCCUGCUCCUCCCUGAGCGUUUAAGGGCGCUCGGCGGCGCGCCGCUGCCGCCGUCUUCCCGGAGGGGGUGGGGGGCUGCGAGCCGGCCGGUGCCCUCGGCGAAGCUGCAGCCUCCGCUAAAGCAUUGGAUCCCUCAACGUACUGCGAGAGCCCGGUGUACAGCCCGGACCUGUGCCCCAACAUGAUCGCCGCGCAGGCCAAGCUGGUGUACCAGCUCAACAAAUACUACACGGAGCGCUGCCAGGCCCGCAAGGCAGCCAUCGCCAAGACCAUCCGGGAGGUGUGCAAGGUGGUGUCGGACGUGCUGAAGGAGGUGGAGGUGCAGGAGCCGCGCUUCAUCAGCUCUCUGAGCGAGAUCGACGCCCGCUACGAGGGGCUGGAGGUGAUCUCGCCCACCGAGUUCGAGGUGGUGCUCUACCUCAACCAGAUGGGCGUCUUCAACUUCGUGGACGACGGCUCCCUGCCGGGUUGCGCCGUGCUCAAGCUGAGCGACGGCCGCAAGCGCAGCAUGUCCCUCUGGGUGGAGUUCAUCACCGCCUCGGGCUACCUGUCGGCCCGUAAGAUCCGCUCCCGCUUCCAGACGCUGGUGGCCCAGGCCGUGGACAAGUGUAGCUACCGGGACGUGGUGAAGAUGAUCGCGGACACGAGCGAGGUGAAGCUGCGCAUCCGGGAGCGCUACGUGGUGCAGAUCACGCCCGCCUUCAAGUGCACCGGCAUCUGGCCGCGCAGCGCGGCGCAGUGGCCCAUGCCGCACAUCCCCUGGCCCGGCCCCAACCGGGUGGCGGAGGUGAAGGCGGAGGGCUUCAACCUGCUCUCCAAGGAGUGCUAUUCACUGACGGGCAAGCAGAGCUCGGCCGAGAGCGACGCCUGGGUGCUGCAGUUCGGCGAGGCCGAGAACCGCCUGCUGAUGGGCGGCUGCCGGAACAAGUGCCUCUCGGUGCUCAAGACGCUGCGCGACCGGCACCUGGAGCUGCCGGGGCAGCCCCUCAACAACUACCACAUGAAGACGCUGCUGCUGUACGAGUGCGAGAAGCACCCGCGGGAGACCGACUGGGACGAGGCGUGCCUGGGCGACCGGCUCAACGGCAUCCUCCUGCAGCUCAUCUCCUGCCUGCAGUGCCGGCGCUGCCCCCACUACUUCCUGCCCAACCUAGACCUCUUUCAGGGCAAGCCCCACUCGGCCCUGGAAAGCGCCGCCAAACAGACCUGGAGGCUAGCCAGGGAAAUCCUCACCAAUCCCAAAAGCCUCGACAAACUAUAGGGCUCGCACCCGCCCGCGCCGAGCUCGCCCUCCGCAAACGACCGCGGCGCCCGCAGCCUCCUCGCCCCGCCACGCCAGCGACGGCACGGAAAGAGGCGGCCAAGGACGGGGGGGGCUUCACCCCUACCCACCUGCAGCUCGGCGCUUAAAAACUUGAGGCCGGGGCGCCCAGCCCCUGCCCCAAGCCGGGAAGAGCCGAGCCGAGCCCAGCCGCGUUUCUCCCAAGUCACUGGCAGAAGCGAUCGGACUUUUGCCGCGGCCAAACGAACGAACCCCCACAGCGGACUCGUUCCGUUUCUUCCUGAUCGCGG